GUUAUGGCGAGCAUCCUUCUGUCAGCUGUAGAAGUUAAUUGUCUGUCAAAUAGUGAAUAGUGUAGUAAAGCAGCAGCGGUAGCCUUUUUAAUUUUAUCAAAUAUGACUUUUUAUUUAAAAUUUAGCAAUCAUAGGUAAUCGGCGCGUUUAGUAGUAAGCUUAAUUAGUAUUUAGUAUAGUAGGGCGGGACGUUAAGGCCGCAGGAUGAGUUCAAGAGAUCGGGACCUAAAAUCGCUUCAGGACAAGUUGAAAGUAUUCUUAAAAAAAGGGAGUUCCGCGGCGCUGCCGGCGCGGAGUGAGCUGGUGGUGUCUGCGGAGCUGGCGCGUGAGCUGUGCCGCGACGCGCCACCGCCGCGCCGGCUGCGGGCCAUGAAAGACCUCGCCGACAGGGUGCACACCUUGCGCGUCUCUGAGGGCACAGUGCAGAAGCUGUGGAGCCUGACGCGGGACCUGCUGGAGGACAGCAGCGCGGAGAGCCGGCAGACGGCGCUGGGGCUGCAGCGCGCGGUGCUGGAGGCGGCGGACGCGGCGCCGGCGGACGAGCUCACCAUCAUGCGCACCAUCUACCUGCGCUUCCUGCGCGAGACGCAUCCCAACCACCCGCCCGAAGACACACAGCUCAGAUUCAAAUUUUUACAUACAUUGACUAACACUGGAAAAAAUAUCAAGUGUUUUGAAGAAGAGAUUGGGUCGUUCCUGCUAGAAUGGCUGCCUCAGGUGCAGGAGCCGGCUCUCGUUGAGGAGUUCCUGCAGCUAGUCAUCAACGUCGUCAAGUUCAACGCCACGUAUUUAGAUGAGGAAAUUGUUCAUGCGUUUGUUAACCACGCGUGCCACCUGGCGGUGUACUCGGAGGAGAUGGGCGUGGUGCUGUGGGCGCUGGCGCUGCUGGAGGCGGUGGUGGGGUACUCGCUGCUGCCUCGAGCUGCGCUGCGCACGUUCGUGUCGGCGCUGUGUCGCUGCGUCAACCUCGAGCGCUACUGCCAGCCCUCCUGGAAACUCAUGCGCAUUGUGCUCGGCGCCGACAUAGGUCACGCGGCGCUGUCGGAGCUGGUGGAGCUGCUGCACGGCGCCGACAACGCAGGGCUGCAGCGCGGGGCCGUGUUCUACAUCAACAUGGCGCUGUGGGGGCCCUGCCGCGUGCGCACGCUGCACGUGUCGCUGCUGGCCGUGCUGCCCGCCUUCCUCAAGGCGCUGGAGGGGCAGCACUCGGUGGUAACGUACGAGGUGCUGCUGGCGCUGCAGAGCCUGGUGGCGCGCGCACCGGCGUCGCUGCAUGCGGCCGCGUGGGACGUGUUGCUGGCCGCGCUCACCGCCAUCGUGCAUCACGACCGGGCGCUGGAGCCGCCCAACGAGAUGAUCCACUCGCGGCUGCACGCGCUGCUGACGGCGCUGGAGCAGCUGCUGGACGCGGGCCAGUACUGCGGCGAGGUGGAGGCGCUGCUCGACCUCAUCGACCUCGUCGGUCAGGACCGCCCCGAGUCGUCGGUGCUGCGGCUGGUGGAGCUGCGCACGGCGCGGCUGGCGGGCGGGCGCGCGGGCGCCGCAGCCGCGCUGGCGGCGGCGGAGCGCUACAUCCGGCAGCAGUCGCGGCUGGCCGUGCGCACGCACGCGCUCGACCUGAUCCUCGCCUACGUCAAGCGCACCAGGUCGGUGUACGGCGAGGAGCUGGUGGAGCUGGUGGCGGUGCCGGUGCUGGCAGCGUGCGCGGCGGACGCGGCGGCGGGGUUGCGUGCGGCCGCGGCGCGUGCGCUGGCUGAGCUGGCGCGGCUGUGCGUCGCCGACCCCGCCACCGACCUCAUCGACCUGCUCGAGAAGAUCCUCAACAGACCAUUCGAAAUAUACGUGACAGACGUGCCGGUCCCGGCGGACGAGGGCGGCGACCUGCAGCUGGCGGUGGCGGGGCUCGUGCAGCUGUUCCACGACAAGAUGUACAGCCCGCCCGCCUCGCACGCCGCCCGCUGUCUGCUGGUCUUGCUGGACCAUCUGGACCUGCAUUACAAGAGGCCGGCCUUGUUCCAGAACCAUCCGGAAAUUAGGCUGAAGAUCUUCGAGCUCCUGUUCGGGCUGAGAGUGAACGAGUUCUGCUGCGUGGGAUUCUGUUACGACUCGCUGGGGGCUCCGGUGUGGGGCGCGGCGGCGCAGCGGCUGCGGCCCGUGUGUUCGCCGCACUUGCUGGUGGAGCCCUGCGCCGUGCGCGCGCAGCCGCAGCAGCCGCACAAGGACCCCGCGCCGGGCACGUGCGUGCUGCCGGCGGGGCGCUGCGCGCGCGCGCUGAGCUGCGCGCUGACGCUGGAGCGCGACUGGGCCGUGCAGUGCUGCGUGCUGCGCGCGCUGCCUGAGCUGCUGCACGCGCGCGCGCCCGCUGUGGGCCGCCGCGCGCAGGACCUGGACCUGCUGGCGUCCACGCUGCAGGCGCUCGUGCAGGACCGCAGCGCCAAGCCGCAGGACCGCAAGCCGCUGAUGUCGGAGGUGCACGGCGCGGCGCUGCCGGCGCUGGCCGCGCUGGCGCCGUACCACGCCUUCCUGGAGCCCCAGACGCAGCAGCGCAUCGUGCGCUGCCUGCUCAAGUUCGGCAUGCAACUCCGCACGGCUCAGCCCUUCAUCAACGCGCAGCCCUACAUCUACGCGCUUACGAUCUUCACGCUGGAGACGCGGGACACGAUGGUCAAGAUGCUGCCCGAGGUGCUGCUGGAUCUGUCCAAGAUCUCGGACACGAAGGCCAUCGCGAGCCCCAUGCUCGAGUUCUUGUCCACACUGACGCGGCUGCCGCGCGUGUUCGCGUCGUUCGUGGAGGACCAGUACAUGUCGGUGUUCGCGAUACUGCUGCCGUACACCAACCCGUCGCGCUACAACCAGUACGUGGUGUCGCUGGCGCACCACGUCAUCGCCGCCUGGUUCCUCAAGUGCCGCCUCUGCUAUCGCCGCAACUUCGUGCAGUUCAUCAUCCACGGCCUGCACAACUACAUCAUCAUGCCAUUCGAAGAGCAGCUGCAGUACCGGUCCAACAAGAGCCUCCGGAACUCCUCCAACGAGGACUCCUCCAACCGACAGCGUAGCUCCAGUCUGGUCGGUAUAUUUUUAUUCGGGAAAUUGUCAUAUAGAAAAACAAUAAAAUGUGUCUUAAAAGUGUACGUCUGUCAGGGCUCGAAAGUAGUGUCCCGAGCCACGCUGGGCGGCCGGACGGGCGGCACGGCGGGCGGCGGGGCGGGCGGCGGCGCCUCGGCCGCGUUCCACGUGGAGCUGACGGAGACCUGCGUGGACCUGCUCACGCGCUACGCCUCCACGCGCUGCAGCGUCAAGCCGCAGCGCGCGGACAUCGCCGACUUCCUGUUCUCGGGUGGUCAAUCAAUGACUUGGGUGGUAGGCCACAAGGUGGUGACCAUAACGACGUCGGGUUGCGUGCAGAACGCGGCGGCGGCGGGUCCGUGCGAGCGCUGCGCCGCGCUGAGCCGCGCUGUGCACGACGGCGCGGACGCUGCGCAGACGCAGAGCGAUUCUGACGACGCCGGCGCCAGCACGAGCAGCAAUCAGCUGCAUGUCAAUAACCCGCCCGAAAUCAAACGCUACAGCAAGCACUCGCUGAGUCGCUCCGCCGAGACCUCCAGCUCCUCGCUGUCCAUCUCCGACGCCGGACACAGCACCAGACAAAAUUCUUCGGAGAACAAUAAAUGUUCCGACCCAAUGCUGGAAGCCAUCGCCCAGAUCACCCAGCGGCUUGAGAAGCUGGCUAAAGAAGUGGACGUGGAACAGACGACGCCGCGGCCGUGCCCGUGCUGGAGCGCGGGCUGGGCGGAGCUGCACGUGCGCACGCCCACCGGCGACGUCAGCUGGCUGCUGCGCGCGCAGAACCACGAGAGCUGGGACCAAAUGCUGGAGUGGGCGCUGCAGGACCUGGCCGGCAGUGUGCCCCCCGCCUCCGUCUCCAGCCAGGACCAGCUCGAGGCCGGCAGCUCACGCGAUGUGGUGUGUCCGCAGACAGAGAGCCCGCGCUCGCGCUCGGGCUCCGGCGGCGCCCGCGACCCGCAGGACCUGCACAAGUCCAGCUCCGACUCGGUGGUGUCCGGCGAGCGACGGCCGCCGCACGCCGCCACGCACUGCAUCGUGCCGCCGCAACCUCUCAGGAGCACGACCCAGCCUAUCAACAUCCCCAGCUCCCCGCAGCGCCAGAGCUCGUCCAGUACUACUGAUGACGACGACAUGCUGCUCAUUGUACCUGAGGGCAAGUCGCGUCACCCGGUGCGGCGCUCCAACUCCUCCCCGGAGAUGUCGUCCUCGUGGAAGCUGAGCCGCGACGAGCUCGAGCCCGACCACGACGAGGACAUGAUCCUGCUGCCCAGCUGCGAGCCCGCCGGCACUAUGUCCAUGGCGAUGCACGCGAGCAAGAAGGCGGCCAAGAAGAGCGACAUGAGAGUGUCCUGCGAGGCCAUCCCCGAGGAGAUGUCGGGCACGUCUCCGCUCGCGGCGGCGCGGACACAACCCGCCGCCGCGCACCAUCCGCAUCUCAUGACCUACAACUCUGACCCGGGAGCUGUUGAGGCACCGGCUACUUCACAACCUGCACAUCACCAGUUACAAAAAACGGCUAGCGACAGCACCGUGCCGUCCAGUUCCGCGCUUAAACCGCCGCGACCGCCGGCCGCGGGCGCCGGCGCCGGCUGCAGCACUGCGGAGGCCGGCGGCGCUGCAGCGGCGCGCGACCGCGACGAUCUGCCGCCGCUGUCGCGCUCUCGCCGCUCGCACACCAUCUCCGUCAUGAGUCCCACCCGCAGGCAUCGAGAGAACGUGCAAAACCGGCUGAACGCCGCGAACGCAGCGUCGUCCCCGGCGGCGGGCAGCGGGGCGGCGGUGGACGCGGGCAUGGGGCUGGGCGGCGGCGGCAUGACGCCGUCGUUCCUGUUCCUGCAGCUGUACCACAACCUGAAGUCGUACCCGCUGACGGGCGCCGUGCCGGGCGAGCCGCAGCCGCCGCCGCACCCGCUGCUGGAGCGGCCGCUGCGCGUCUCGGGCGUGCAGCACGAGCGCAGCAUCAAGAGCCUCGACCUCGUGCCGCCCGUCGACACCUACAAAGUGGGCGUGCUGUACGUGGGCCCGGGGCAGCACGACAACGAGGUGCUGAUCCUGAAGAACACGUUCGGGUCGGUGCGCUACUCGGAGUUCCUGGCGGGGCUGGGGUCGCUGGUGUCGCUGCUGGAGGAGCCCGACCCCGAGCUGUUCCUCAACCUGGAGCGCGGCGGCCGCGACGGCACAUACACAUACGUCUGGCGCGACGACAUCAUGCAGGUGCUGUACCACGUGGCGACGGCGAUGCCGACGUCGGCCAAGGACCCGACAUGCAACGAGAAGCGCAAGUACAUCGGCAACGACCUCGUCUCCAUCGUCUACAACGACUCCGGACACGAGUUCAACAUUCAGACGAUCAAGGGCCAGGCGAACCUGUGCAUCAUCGUGGUGGAGCCGACGGCGCACGGCAUGUGCGUGGUGCAGGUGCGGAGUCGCGACGAGCGCGUGCGCGCGCUGCUGCCGCACCUGGACGUGUUCCACGUGUCGCUGAGCGUGGCGCCGCGGCUGGCGCGCCAGCUGGCGCUGCACUGCUCGCUGGCGGCGCAGAUCGCGCAGUCGCUGCGGCUGGGCGCGCCGCCCGCCGCCUCCAACGCGCUCGAGCGGCUGCGCAUCAUCAAGCGGCUGCGGCGGCGGCUGGAGGCCGAGCGGCUGGCGGCCGCCGCGCGCCCGCAACACAUGACCUACGGCUCGCCCGAGCAGGCGCAGCGCAUCGCCAUCGACGACUUCAACGACUAUGCGUAGUCGCCCUGCACCUCUCGCUACACUCUAUUGUACCCGUUUCGUUUUACAAAUUUUGCGUCACAUGUGAUAGUAGCAUACUAAAUGAAUACUGAAUAGUAAUAAAUAUAUUAUGUAAUGACUCCGGCGAGAUCUCCAAUCGAAAUCGCUACGCUUGCAGUUAGUAGAGGAAAAACGUCACGCCCUGCCUCCCGCCAUUCGAACUUGUGACUGCACUCGGUCGGUUCUAUGUUCUGACGCGCAGUGUUGUGUCAAAUCAAAAGUUAUAGCAACCACUUCAGUAACAACCACCCUCUUCAAUCUUGUACUCGACUUGCAUGAAAUAAAACUAAUCGUUUUAAAGCUGUUGACUCUGAAAGCCUAUUCAGAAUUAACAGCUCUACUACGUUUCGAGUGUCCGCUGCGUGACUUGUAAUCUUAGCACGUUUAGCCAGGCCCAUUUAUGUUGCAUUUAACUCAGACAGGUCCAAUACUUGAUCGUCACAUACCAAACAACCUUACAAAGCAAAUGCAAUUAUAACUCGACUAGGAAAAUAAAAAGCCUAGAUAUAAUAUAAAAAUCAUUAAUUUCAAUCAGAUUAAAUGGUACUAAAUGAACACAUGUGUACCAUAGAACAGAUCAUUUUUAUUUUUCUGGUAAAGUUAUAGAACCAUGACUAGUGUUUGCAAUAACUUUUGAUGGCUUGCAGUGUGUCCAUCAGACUCCGGAUCGACGUCGACCACAUCCCGACUACCGCCGACACGAUCCUUGAGCACUCUGCGAAAGAGAGGCAGAACUGUAUGUAUCACAAUAUCUGUAUGAUCAAAUGCAACCUUACUCUUUCGCCGAGCACUCAAAGCAAAUGCCGGCGGAGGACCCACGCACUGCAUUCACAAUUCAUAUUAGUAUUAUUUCUAUGUCCCAUUUUCAAAUCGACAUCCUGUGGCCUGUGGCUUAGCUAUUAAUUAAUUUAGGUUUUGAACUGAGUAAUGUUAAUUUAUAGACUAUUAGGUGUGUGUGUUGGCUGCGCGAGCGACGGCCGCGUCUGCCGCUGCAGCUACUACUUGUUAAGUGUAUUGAAGCAUUUGUUGUUAAAACAUUUUAUGUAGCAAUUUAUUUCCUGACAACAUUUUGUAAUCAAAUAAAUGAUGGCUAUUU